UCACGGUCACGGUCAUACAAAUAAACAGUUGUCUCCUCGUUUUUGUCAGGAAGUUUAAGCCACGUUCCUGUCAGCAUGUCGUGAAAACGAGUUUUGCACUCUCGUAUCUCACCGGUAAGAUGAGAUGAGAUGGGAUGGGAUGGGAUGAGGACAAGAGGAGCGCAGUGAGGAAAAUAGACGGUGCGGUGUGUGUGUGAGCUAGCGGCUAGCCGUCAGUUGGAGAACAGUUUCGCCUGGGCCGGUCCCUUUGUCUCCUCACAGAGAGAGAGGCAGCGUGUGCUCUUUUGUUCGAACAGUGUGUGUGUGUUAGUCGAAGCUUUGUUAAACGAGUCACCAUGCAGGACACAAAGAAGUGUCUGAUGGACGGGCUGAUCCACCUCACGAUCCUGCUGGGUUUGAUCCGGGUCCGGGUGGAGAUCGGGUCCGACCCGGACACACGGUUAAUAGAGAUCGACGGAGGGCCGAGCUCGGCGUUUGUACAGACCCCAUUUCAUCGUUACCGAGACGUCGCGGCGGGUCAUCACGUGCAUCCGAAAUGUCCCGAGCUCGAGGAGUACCUCACAAGCCGCAGGCUGCUAAACGAAGUGCGCGCGCUUGGCUCGCCGGUUCGGUUCCCCCCCACGCAGCUCAGCGCGUGGCUCGUGCACCGGGUGUCUGACGGCGCGGAACCGGCGGAACCUCAAGAGGAGCACGGCGAGCACGGAGUCUCCACUGACGGAACCCGUGCGGAGGCGGUUUUGGCACAAGAAGAAGAGGAAAUUGCGAAAGACAACGAGGAAGGAAUUAAUCUUGAUUCGUCAGCCCAACUCGCCCAAAGCUCAGUGCUGGAACAAGAGGAUCUGUUAAGCGGCAGCGUCCUACCUCAAUCUGAGUCUGGUGUUGAAGUCCACUCUCAGCUGCCAGACUUCCUAUCAGACUUCAGUGAGUUUGAGACUUUGAUUGCGCAGCACGUUCCUGACCUGGACCCCAUCAGCUACAAUGCCAGCCUUCAGGAUGCCAUGGUUAGCAGCGGCGGCGACUACAGACCAGACCCACCCAGAGGUGGCGCACACACCAUACCACGCCAAACACCUUCUCUCUUCAACCUAGAAUCUAUGAACUCUUCCAACAGUGAUGCAUCUAGGACAGGAUUUGGUGCUCCUUUCUCUUCAUUUGUGAACGGUGCUCAUGGACCCCCCCUGUCCCGGGUGGGCGGUUAUCUGGAUGAGGCCGUGUUUGAGCAGAUAGGUUUGUUGGGUCUGGAGGGCCUGGCUAGUGUGGAGGGACAGGUACUUAACGGAAUAGAGCCAUGGCUGGAGGACCUGGACUCUGACUCAGGCCUGUCGCUGGACACCAAUUCCAAAAGCCUCGACUCGGCCUCUACGUCAUCUUCGGAGUCGUCUUGCGAGGCAGGAGCGGAGGGCUACAGCAGUGAUGUGGAGUCACUUUUAAGUAACGGAGGAGCUUGUGCAUCGUCGUGCUACAACUGGCCGCGAGUAAGUCUGAACAGGAACAUCUGGCAUGAUCACAAUUACUCCUCCUGGUCACCUGACGACCACGACCCAGAAAUCUACAACCGACCUCCUAGAACUAUAAAGCAGGAAGUGAUGAGCGAGGAUGAAUCUCCUGAAAUGGAGGAGCCGAGCCGGGAUGAACGGCGCCUGCGAGCUCUCUGUCUUCCAUUUUCCGCCACUGAAGUAGUUAACAUGCCGGUGGAAGACUUCCUGGAGUUGCUGGAAGGGCGGAGCCUAUCCACGCCAGAAAUCGCACUCCUGCGGGACGUGCGCAGACGAGGCAAAAACAAAUUGGCUGCGCAGAACUGCAGAAAAAGGAAGCUGCACGCUAUUAUGGGGCUGCAGACUGAGGUGGAGGAGCUUGUCGCGCAGCGUGACGCCCUCCUGCGCGAGAGGAUGUGCACCGCCAAGGCUAUGUCAGCUACAGCCGAGUGUUUCAAGACGCUCUCUCAAGCGGUGCUUAGGCAGCUGAGGGACGAACACGGACGAUCCCUCAGUCCAGAGCAGUACACGCUUCACUGCGGCGCAAAUGGACGCAUCUCAGUCAGACCUCGAACAAAUGUCCUGAGAACAACCGCAACUCGGGCCAAAACAACAAAGAGGAAGAAGGAUAAAAAACCUUGAGAUUGUUUUGAUUUCCUUUGUGUUUAUACUGUGUGUGUUUGUUUCCUAAAGGGCUACUGAACUUUCCCUUAUUUUUAAAUAUUUAAAUCACAAUAUAAUGAACUACAGAUUCUUUGAUAAAAGGUGUGUAGCAAAAGCACUGGAUGUGUGUGUGGAAGUAAAGCGGUACCUCGGCAUACGAACGCCCCACCUUAAUUUUCUCCUUAACAACUGAAAUUUUGCAAGAAGUUUGCCUCGGCGUACGAGAAAAACGGAACCAACCGUUGGCUAAGUUGUUCAAAACUUGUUUACACAGUGGAAAGCCAUGCGAAGCGUGUAUACGUUGUUUGUAUUUCUUUGCAUUUUGUACAAGAUUGAGUGAAGACAUAGCACCAUGGGUCCCAAGAAUGUUAUCAAGAAUGGAAGAAAGAAGAAAAGGGAGACACGUUUUAAAGCAGCCGGUGCCCAGAGGAAUUGUAACUUAUGACUAAGUGAGGUUUAAUGUCUGUUUCAUAUUUUACUUCAUUUUCAUGUCUUUUCGAAAUCUUUUGGUUGUUUUUAGAUCCAUAAAUAUGAUUAUAGUGUUGGAAAUUUGUAAUAUUAGUAAUAUUUUUGGGUAGCUGGAACUGAUUAUUUGCAUUUUCAUUAUUUCCUAUGAGACAGUGUGCGUCACAAUACAAAAUUCCACCCUAAGAACUCGCCUCUGGAACCGAUUGAACUCGGAUGUCGAGGUACCGCUGUACUUUAAAAGAAAAGACCGCACACAGCAGGGUCCUUCCAGUCCUGGAAAGUCUGGCACAGUUGAUGAUCAUUAAAACUAAAAAUAAAGGAGACACUUUGUUAUUAAACAGACAUGACACUACUGGGCGUAUGAGGGUGUUAAAGCUGAGUGUAUGGGUGUUAGUGUUUAAUUAUUAUGUGGCUCAGACUCAGGAGCUGGUUGUGCAAUUGCUUUGAACACGUGACUUUUUCCACUAUGGCCUUGUUUAGUCAAACUUCGUCCUCUAUACAUUUGGUAUUGACCUCCUUUGACUUUUUACAGGAUUGUCGUGCGUUUUAGUUUUUGGUCAUUUUAUGUAUACAGACAAGUAUAUAAACACAGUGUUUACCCUGCUAAGAAACUCCUUAUUUCAGUAGGGUUGAACGAUUGGCCUGCGUUAAGCAAAGAAAAUAUUUUUUAAAUGCACAAGAGUCCGUUAUUAAAACCUGGAAGGAUGGUUCUGAUCUCGUGAAUAAUCGUGAUGUGAGAUCACGUAAACACUUAAAGUCACAGGAUAAAAAAAAAUGAACAGUGAAAACCAGAGCUAUGUUUAAUAGUGAAAGUAAGAGCAUUUCCACACACACACACAAUGUGAUGAGGAUUGGGACUAAACUAUUACAGAGUGAUGGGCUUGUCAGAAGGGAAGCUCAUGAAGCGAUGCAACCAUCAUGCAUAGUGUCCACUGUACAAGCCUCUGGAGACAGUGUUAUGAUCUGGGGUUAAUCAGUCACUCAUGUCUAGACUCUGCAAUGUUAUGGGGCAAAAAAAUGAAGUCAGCUGACCAUCUGAAUGUACUGAAUCACCAGGUUAUCACAUAUAUGGAAGUUUAAUUCCCUGAUGGCACAUAACAUAUUCUAGGACUCCAAGAGUGUAAGAGAACGGCUCUGUGAGCACAAGGAACCAUUACGCACAUGAACUGAACACCACACUGCUCGCUAUGAUUAGAACUAAAGGCUUGAACAGAAUAGUUUGAUUUGGGUCCAGGUAGUGUAUUAUCUGAAGUUUUGAAAUAAAACUAUAACUGAAGACUAUAAAGAUUACAUAAAGAUUACAUAGCUUCAUAAAGUUCGCACAAUAAUCGAUUUAUUAUUUUGUGUGUGUGUACGGUUUAUUUUGAUCUAUUAGCCACUAUUUCUUGGUUUUCAAAUUAAAGCUGUUAUAAAUAAUAUACACCCCUAAUGCAUAUUUAAAAAAAGGAUCAAACAAAGGUAUUAUUGAAUAUAUAUAUAUAUAUAUAUAUACAUAUAUAUAUAUACAU